AUGCUGGCCGUACUCGCAGCGGCAGCUCUUUGCCUUAGUUCCGUGCGGAGCUACAAGGUCCAUGGAAAUGAAGCAAUUGAAGCCAACCGUUCAGGAGCAAAAGCAUACUGCACUGAUCGGGGGGCUGCGGCAGCCUUAUCUUGUAAAGAGAUCAUCGAAAUCUUGCAGAUGAAGUGCAACGAAACUUGGCAAGACUUGUGUCCUGGCGCAAACCAUCCACUCAAUGAGAAGUUCAACACGAAGACCUUUGCUGAGUGGUGCCCGGACAUCUGCCCGACUCCCUCCACGACCCAGCCGACCUCGACCCAGCCAAAGGUUCCGCUGAAGGACUUGUCAGUGGAAGACUUCAACAAUAAGAUCGGCAAAGCCAGUCAGACCUUGGAUUGUCUGGCGGCGAUGAGCAAGGAGGCAGAGGAUGCUGGUGACAUCCAGAAAGCGGACGAACUGAAGCAAUUGAUGAAUGCGGAGCUCGCGACGGAGCUCGAUAAGUUGGCCGAGCUGAGUAGCCAAGACCAUGAGGUGAGUGAGAUGCAAAAGCAGUCUGGCAGACAAGUUGCGGUGAAGCAAGUCCAGGAUGAGCUGGACAAAGAUGUCUCAAACGUGCUGUCUGCCAUGGAACUUUCUUCCGACGCCAUCGAGAACUUCAAGCAGAGUCUGGAGAAGGUCGCGCAUGAGUGCGACGACGACGACGAAGCAGAGGCUUUGUCAGAGGAUGAGGGCAGCAUGCUGGAGAACGAGAUGGUGCGAGGCUACCACACCGAAUCGGAGGUGCUGACCAUGAAGAAAGAAGAGAGGUAUUUGGCCGCGAAGUGCAAACAGGAGACGGUUGACGUGGACCACUUCGUCGGCGCGCUCACCGCAGCUUAG